UGACUGUGGUUGCACAAGCACACAUCUUAUGUACUUCAUUAACAAAUGAAUGACUGAGAUCAUUGCAUUCUAAACGCAUCUUUCCAGAGUCUCCUUAAAGUUCUUUGUACAGGUAACGACUCUUUCCUUUGGCCAGGUGCUGAUGAGAUGACACAUUCAUUGACCCAGGACAAGGAGCAAGAGUACGAGCCAGACGGACUCCCGGAGGUGGUCAGAAAAGGCUUUGCUGAUAUUCCCACUGGGAAAACCAACCCCUGUGUUUUGCGCAGAACAGCGCUAAACCUAAAGACCAGUCCCCGUCUUGCUGCUCAAAGCCAAAAUUUGUCCCCAUAUGGCCAACGUUUACAAAAAGGCAGGUCAUAUAAUAAUGCCAAGAUCUCUAAAGCGACAGCUGGUGGCAGCAAAUCACCAAAGGUAGAUGAUACUCAGCAGUGCCAAACGGAAACAGCUAUUGAACCUGUGGAAUCAAGAUCUCCUCUUGCAUGAAGAAGCAA